GGCAGUCUCCAGACCAGAAGUGCACCGAGGCGCCCGUUGGUAUAAAGUUAGUAAAUGUGAGGCCUCACCCGAUGCCUGGGUCGUGGGCUUUGGUUCUCAGUCCUCCAUAAAUCAUCCUGCUGGAGGAGAAGACCCUUAGAUCUGGCUCUUCUCAGGGGCAUCUUAAAGACAAAUGAAAAUAAAAUGGAAACCACUUCAUUGCAGCGGAAAUUUCCAGAAUGGAUGUCUAUGCAGAAUAGAAGAUGUGCUACAGAAGAAAAGGCAUGUGUCCAGAAGAGUGUUCUUGAAGAUAACCUCCCAUUCUUAGAAUUCCCUGGAUCUAUCGUGUACAGUUAUGAAGCUAGUGAUUGUUCAUUCCUGUCUGAAGACAUUUGCAUGCGUCUGUCUGAUGGCGAUGUGGUGGGAUUUGACAUGGAAUGGCCGCCCAUAUACAAGCCAGGGAAACGAAGCAGAGUCGCAGUGAUCCAGUUGUGUGUGUCUGAGAGCAAAUGUUACUUGUUUCACAUUUCUUCCAUGUCAGUUUUCCCCCAGGGAUUAAAAAUGUUACUGGAAAACAAAUCAAUUAAGAAGGCAGGUGUGGGGAUUGAAGGGGACCAGUGGAAACUUCUGCGUGAUUUUGAUGUCAAGUUGGAGAGUUUUGUGGAGCUGACAGAUGUUGCCAAUGAAAGGUUGAAGUGCGCAGAGACCUGGAGCCUCAAUGGUCUGGUUAAACAUGUCUUAGGGAAACAACUUUUGAAAGACAAGUCCAUCCGCUGCAGCAAUUGGAGUAAUUUCCCCCUCACUGAGGACCAGAAACUGUACGCAGCUACUGAUGCUUAUGCUGGUCUCAUCAUCUAUCAAAAAUUAGGAAAUUUGGGUGAUACUGCACAAGUGUUUGCUCUAAAUAAAGCAGAGGAAAACCUACCCCUGGAGAUGAAGAAACAGUUGAAUUCAAUCUCUGAAGAAAUGAGGGAUCUAGCCGACCGUUUUCCUGUCACUUGCAGAAAUUUGGAAACUCUACAGAGGGUUCCUGUAAUAUUGAAGAGUAUUUCAGAAAAUCUCUGUUCUUUGAGAAAGGUGAUCUGUGGUCCUACAAACAUUGAGAUUAGACCGAAGCCAGGCAGUAGUUUUAAUUUACUGUCAUCAGAGGAUUCAGCUGCUGUUGGAGAAAAAGAGACACAGAUUGGAGAACAAAGUACUUUUGCUAAAAUUAAAGAAGAACCAUGGGACCCAGAACUUGACAGUUUAGUGAAGCAAGAGGAGGUUGAUGUAUUUAGAAAUCAAGUGAAGCAAGAAAAAGGUGAAUCUGAAAAUGAAGUAGAAGACAAUCUGUUGAGAGAAGAUAUGGAAAGAACUUUUUUGAUGCCUAGUAUUUCAGAAUAUGAACUCCAAGAUUUGGAACAGCAAGCUAAAGAAGAAAAUUAUAAUGAUGUUUCUCACCAAUUUUCUGAGCAUUUAUCUACCAUUGAUGAUGAAAAUGACUCCUCCUAUAUAAUUGAAAGUGAUGAAGAUUUAGAAAUGGAGAUGCUGAAGUCUUUAGAAAACCUAAAUAGUGACGUGGUGGAACCUACUCACUCUAAAUGGUUGGAAAUGGGAAGCAAUGGGCGUCUUCCUCCUGAGGAGGAAGCUGGAGACAGAAAUGAAGCCAUCAAAGUGGAGCAGGAAGAAGAGGACCAUUUAUUGCCGGAACCAAACGCAAAGCAAAUUAAUUGCCUCAAGACCUAUUUCGGACACAGCAGUUUUAAACCGGUUCAGUGGAAAGUCAUCCAUUCUGUAUUAGAAGAAAGAAGAGAUAAUGUUGUUGUCAUGGCAACUGGAUAUGGGAAGAGUCUGUGCUUCCAGUAUCCGCCUGUUUAUACGGGCAAGAUUGGCAUUGUCAUUUCACCUCUCAUUUCCCUAAUGGAAGACCAGGUCCUCCAGCUUGAACUGUCCAAUGUUCCAGCCUGUUUACUUGGAUCUGCACAAUCAAAAAAUAUUCUAGGAGAUAUUAAAUUAGGUAAAUAUAGGAUCAUCUACAUAACUCCAGAGUUCUGUUCUGGUAACUUGGACCUACUCCAGCAACUUGACUCUAGUAUUGGCAUCACGCUCCUUGCUGUGGAUGAGGCUCACUGCAUUUCAGAGUGGGGCCAUGAUUUUAGAAGUUCAUUCAGGACGCUGGGCUCCAUUAAAACAGCACUCCCAUUGGUUCCAGUCAUUGCACUCUCCGCUACUGCAAGCUCUUCGAUCCGGGAAGACAUUAUAAGCUGCUUAAACUUGAAAGACCCUCAGAUCACCUGCACUGGAUUUGAUCGGCCAAAUCUAUACUUAGAAGUUGGACGAAAAACAGGGAACAUCCUUCAGGAUCUAAAACCAUUUCUCGUCCGAAAGGCAAGUUCUGCCUGGGAAUUCGAAGGUCCAACCAUCAUCUAUUGUCCUUCAAGAAAAAUUACAGAGCAAGUUACUGCUGAACUUGGGAAACUGAACUUAGCCUGUAGAACAUACCACGCCGGCAUGAAAAUUAACGAAAGGAAGGACAUUCAUCAUAGCUUCCUGAGAGAUGAAAUUCAGUGUGUCGUAGCUACUGUUGCUUUUGGAAUGGGCAUUAAUAAAGCUGACAUUCGCAAAGUUAUUCAUUAUGGUGCCCCUAAGGAAAUGGAAUCCUAUUACCAGGAAAUUGGUAGAGCUGGCCGGGAUGGACUUCCGAGUUCCUGUCACUUGCUAUGGGCUCCAGCAGAUUUUAACACAUCCAGGAGUCACCUUAAUGAGAUUCACAAUGAAAAGUUCCGGUUAUAUAAAUUAAAGAUGAUGGUAAAGAUGGAAAAAUACCUUCAUUCCAGUCAGUGUAGGCGACAAAUCAUCUUGUCCCAUUUUGAGGACAAAUGUCUACAGAAGGCCUCCUUGGACAUUAUGGGAACAGAAAAAUGCUGUGAUAAUUGCAGGCCCAGACUGAAUCAUUGCCUUACUGCUAACAACUCAGAGGACACAUCCCAAGACUUUGGGCCACAAGCAUUCCAGCUACUGUCUGCUGUGGACGUCCUGCAGGAGAAAUUUGGAAUUGGGAUUCCGAUUUUAUUUCUCCGAGGAUCUAAUUCUCAGCGUCUUCCUGAUAACUAUCGUGGUCACAGGCUCUUUGGUGCUGGAAAGGAGCAAGCAGAGAGUUGGUGGAAGGCCCUUUCUCACCAUCUCAUAGCUGAAGGAUUCUUGGUAGAAGUUCCCAAGCAAAACAAAUUUAUAAAGACUUGUUCCCUUACAAAAAAGGGUAGAAAGUGGCUUGGUGAAGCCAGUCUGCAGUCUCCUCCCAGCCUUCUCCUUCAAGCUAGUGAAGAGGUGCUUCCGAGGAAGGUUCUGCUACCAAGUUCUAAUCCUGUAGCUUCAGAAAUGAUGCAGCAUUCCUCUAAUCAAAACCCAGCUGGAUUAACUACCGAGCAGUCUAAUUCGGAGAGAACGUAUUCUUACAAAGUGCCUGAGAAAUUUUCUUCUGGGACUAACAUUCCUAAAAAAAGUGCCGUGAUACCGUCAUCAGGAACAUCUUCCAGCUCCUCAGAACCUGCCAUUUCAGCCCAAGAGCUGGACGCUCGGACUGCGUUAUAUGCCAGGUUGGUGGAAGCAAGGCAGAAACACGCUAAUAAGAUGGAUGUACCUCCAGCUAUUUUAGCAACAAACAAGGUUCUGCUGGACAUGGCCAGAAUGAGACCGACGACUGUUGAAAACAUGAAACAGAUCGACGGUGUCUCUGAAGGCAAAGCUGCUCUGUUGGCCCCUCUGUUGGAAGUCAUCAAACAGUUCUGUCAAGUAAAUAGUGUUCAGACAGACCUCCUUUCCAGUGCCAAACCUCACAAGGAACAGGAGAAAAGUCAGGAGAUGGAAAAGAAAGACUGCUCACUCCCCCAGUCUGCGGCCGUCACGUACACUCUAUUCCAGGAAAAGAAAAUGUCCUUACACAGCAUAGCUGAGAACAGACUUCUGCCUCUCACAGCAGUCGGCAUGCACUUAGCCCAGGCGGUGAAAGCCGGCUACCCUCUGGAUAUGGAGCGAGCCGGCCUGACCCCAGAGGCUCGGAAGAUUAUUACGGAUGUUAUCCGAAACCCUCCCAUCAACUCAGAUAUGUAUAAAGUUAAACUCAUCAGAAUGUUAGUUCCUGAAAAUAUUGACACAUACCUCAUCCACAUGGUGAUUGAGAUCCUUGAGAGCGGUUCCAACAGCAGAACCCAGCCUCCCUGUGAUUCCAACAGGAAGAGGUGUUUCCCCAGCUCUGCAGAGAGUUGUGGGAGCUUUAAGAAGAGCAAAGAGGUGGUCACCGAGACCAAGGCAUCAUCUGUAGUAUCAAAGAGAAAAUUACCUGAGUGGUUUGCCAAAGGAAAUGUGCCCUCAGCUGAUGCCGGCAGCUCAUCAUCAAUGGCCAAGACCAAAAAGAAAGGUCUCUUUAGUUAAGAUGACAACUACGGAACAAAUUUUUGUGUCCUACAUCUUCAUUCCUACAAAGAAUGAAAAGAAAUAUUCUAACCUCAAAAUUAUUUAAAGCCCAAAGUAAAACUCACCUAAACGCUGAGCCACUAGAGUCUUUAAUUGUCUGUUGGCAGUUGAGGUAAAGUAUCUGAACCUUCUACAGCCCGGAGUGCAGCAUAGAGUGUGAAGUCGGCUUCCUUUCCAAUUGCCUUCCGAACCCUUGUCACUGUCAGGUUGCAGUCUCUCUCUUCUUGUGUGGGGGAAAUGGAGGAUGUGUCACUUUGACAUAGAUAGCAGAUUAGUAGUUGCAUAGGGACAGAUAUGAAGAAGUCUUCCAUUGACGAGAUGCUGUCCUGUGAGUUUAAGACCACAGCCGGCCUUUGCUUUCUUAUGCAGAUGCCUGUAUGUGCACUGACUGACAGACAGUACCAGUGAGACAUCAGCUUCCAUUCAAAUAGGGAAAGUGGUGAAAGGACUCCAGUUACAGAGACAACUAAAUUCUAUGCAUUUUCUACAGAGUUUUUAUUAUUUCUCAAUCAAAAGUGUUCUUUGUACCCAAUAGUAAAUAUACUACAUUUUCAUUUUUUAAAUUAUUGUGAGUGCCUUCAAUAUUUGAAGAUGCCAAUUUUUUUUACAGUGAUUGA